AUGCCUGGGUCCUUGGCAGCCCUGCUCUGUCUUGGACUGUGUUUGAGCCAGAGCGUCAAGGCAUAUAAAGAACGACUUCCCAAACCGGCCUUGUGGGCUGUGCCUGGUCCCGUGAUCCCCUGGGGAAAGCCCACCAUCAUCCGUUGUCAGGGCACUGAGGAUGCCAACAAGUAUGUGCUGGAGAAGGAUGGAGGCAUAGAGCUAAGAGAUAUGCUGGAGGUAGCUGGGCCCUGGAAGGAGGCCGAGUUUUUCAUUUCAAACACGAGAGCAGAGUCAGGAGGCCAAUACCGGUGCCAAUACAGCAGUAAAAAUGUCUGGUCAGAAUUCAGCGACCCCCUGGAGCUGACGGUCACAGGGUUGUACCCCAAACCUUCCUUCUCAAUCAUCCCGGUUUCCAUCCUGGAUCCAGGAGAGGAUGUGACCUUCCAUUGUGAGUCACAGAUGGCAUCCGACAAAUUCAUUUUCUAUAAGACGACGGGGGCCAAUGCCCCCCACAUGCUGUCCUCCUCGGAUCACGGGGCCGACUUCCCCAUCCCCUCCGUGACCGCCUCCCACGGCGGCACGUACCAGUGCUACACUUUUGACGACGACUAUCCUUAUCUCUGGUCGAUCCCCAGUGACAUUAUCUUGCUCAAGGUUUCAGACUCCCAGAGGCGAGGAAGUUCUGACAUAGACUCCGACUACGAUUCUGUGCCUCAGCAACUCACCUUCACCAGCCUCCGGCUAGUGAUAGUUGGGGUGACACUGGCCAUCCUGGGGAUCCUGCUGAAUGAAGUGUGGCAUAACCGAGCUGCAACCUACAAUCAAGAUGAGAAACCUAAGCAGCCGGAAAGACAGUCAGAAUUGUGGAUGGAUGGGCCUAUCGAAGAUUCCCCAAAGAGAUCCUGAGGCCGCAAAUGGGAGCAGACCAAUAAAGAA